AUGACUGAUUUCGAGCUUACGAUGAGCCAAUGUUCAGGUCACGUCACAUUUCGCGAUGUCGGACCAUUUAGAACAUUGGACUAUCAAAGAUACAACUAUCUUCGUAUACAUGGAGAAACAAAGCAUUCACUUCGGUUGAUUAUAUCCCCAAAGCUCAGUAAUUCUCUCAGAAAUUUACUGAAGGACUUUAUUCUGUGGCUAGUCAAUUCUUUUGCCAACAAAGCACCAGCAGUGUAUUGA